CAUGGUCUCAAACACAAUGGAAGAUAUUGAAAUUAACGUAGAUGACUCCGUGGAUCUCAUUUCAAAUAAACGCAGAAGACUCGACAAUGGAAACAGUUUAAGUGACAAGGAAGACUCAGAGCUGCAAGUUGUCGAUGAAGAUAUAGACGUGUCCGGGCCAGAUCCCGCCCCGACCUUUAUAGAAGAAGUAAUGGACGAGGGAGGCGGCGACCUAGACCCCACAGCCCUCCACGACAACAUCCCAAAACAGCAACCCCCCUCAGGGCCCCAACCGCCCGUUACCGCGGAUCCGGUGCCACCUAAGCCCCCGAUGGAGCCGGUAAUCACCUCUGUGCCCCAAACUCCAUCUAUGCCUUCAUUAACUUCAGUCACAUCUAUAUCCAACAAGGCUGUACCCGAGGAGGCGAGUAGUAACGUCACUACCACAAGUAACUACAAGAGUCCUGGGGGAGGGGGCAGAUCAACCCCAGCCCCACCCAACGUCACUGCUAUACCACUCAUGAUGCAGAGCAUCGCCUCCGUAGGAACAGCACCCUCGUCUAUACUCCAACAGCACACCACUCUUGCUAACAUGAUGGCUGGAACUCACCACCUCUCCUCCUCCCUUCCCUCCUCCCUUCCCUCUCCUAUUCCUUCUCCUUCUCUCCCUUCUCCUUCUUUCCCCUCCUCCACUUCCGUCUCCAAUCUGAACGACCCUACAUCUGUGGUCCGGAGCCUAAUGUCCAGUGUCACUGCUGCCGGUAACAUGCACAGCACUGGGGCUAAUAAUAUGGCUAAUAAUAUGGCUAAUAACAUGGCUAAUAAUAUGGCUAAUAAUAUGGCUAAUAACAUGGCUAAUAAUAUGGCAAACAACUUCCAAACGUCACAAAACAGCGGACCGGGAAAUGGAGCGGGAAAUGUUCCCAACCCAGUGGGAAUGACAGCACAUGCGCUGCUGGAAACGCUGCUCGCACAGGUCAUUGCGCACUCCAUGAACGGGAAUGCCCCCAACACACCAGCCGCUGCUGGAAUUCCUCCCUCAACCCCCACUACACCAACUCCCGCUAUCUCCUUUAACUCUAAUGUUAAUGUAUCUGACGUAAGCGGACAGAAUUCAGAACCGCCACCCCAGUUUCCACAACCAUCGCCCCUGAUGUCUCCAGUGCCUGCCUCCCUACAAGACGCCACAAAACCCUUCAAAGAGACUCUGGAUAAGAUAAACAUGCUGGAACAGAAGACGGUGUCUCUAGAUAAGCAGAGUGUGGGGAUACAGAGGAUGGUGACCGAGGUGGUCAAGAAACAAGAGGAGAAUACCACGGUGGCGGGUACAAUUUGUCCACGCUGUAAGCACAUGGUUGGAGGUGGUGAACAGUUUAUAUCACAUCUCAUCGCUGCUCACAACUUUUCCGAACAAAAGGGACCGAUCGGAAAGGCAGACUUUGGAAGUCAAGCUGGUCUGGGAACAUGCCGAGGAUGGAGGUACAUCAGAACAAAGAACUCCGGCACACAGUCCACCCUAUCAAUGGUUAACAAGGGUGAUGCAAAGCAGGUCAUAGAUCUAACCAACAACAACGCCUCCCCACCUCCCGAUCAAGUGAAAAGUGGUGUGUUGCCUGCUCCUUCACCAAGUCAUCCUAACCCACCUGCCAUAGCGUCCCCGGGAACUGCCCCACAACAACCAAACCAUCCUCCCAGUCCAAGAGCGGGUGUGGGUUAUGACAGUGCUCGAGCCACUGCCGCCAACAUCCUCUCCUUUGUCUUCAGUAACCCUGACAUAAACAAACAGUUUACUGAUUUUGCUGAAGUACCCAAAGAUCAACAACAACACCCUCCACCCCUCCGGUCACCUAAGAAACAGCAACCGAAGAAUCAAAGCAAAAAGACGAUACCUCCCAACUACAACCACGGUCUGCCCUUCCUGCAAACCAUUAACAAGCAGCUGCAGCAGCACAACGGACUGGCUCUCUUUGACAAGUGGAAGGAGGUUAAACCUGUCUCCCCUAUCAUUGUCUCCGCUCAACAGAAGGAGUUCAUGGCACACGCGUUAAAGCAACAGCAACAGUUACAAGCACAACAACAAGCACAGCAACAAGCCCAACAGCAACAGAUGCAGCAACACCAAAUGCAACAGUCCAUGCAACAGGCAGCCCACAAGCGAGCUAUGAUGCAGGGAGGAGGGCCCCCAAUGAUGCACCCUGUUACCUCCAUGAUGCAGAGUUCCAUGCAGCCCAUACAGCCUAUACAGCCCACUCCCAUUCAGGCCUCCUCACUUCAACAUAUUCGACCUCAUGGGUCUAAUUUCCCGAUCCCACCUCCCAUGAUCUCAGUGGGAGACCUAAAGGACCAGUACCAACAAAUGAUAUCAGGAGGUGCUAAGAUAACCGCAUUCGAUGAGAACAGUGAUAGUCCACUCAAAGACUGCUUACCUAAGGUGCGAGCCUCACUGGUUAACGGAGACAUACAGUUGAUGUGGAAUAUUAUUGGUGACGAGAGAAAGUGUACUGGGUACAGAUUGUUCGCCUACAUGGGUGCCACCGCCCCACCAAUAUCCUCAACAUGGACUGAGGUCGGUGCUUCACUUGUUGGCACAGUAAAAGCACUCCCCAUGCCAAUGGCAGUCACUCUCUCCCAAUUUAGCAAAGGAUGCUCCUACCACUUCACAGUGCGCGCUAUAGACUCGCAAGGCAACGUGGGUCCCUUCUCUGAGCCGUGCUCGAUCAAACUAUCGCUCUGAGGCGUCGCCGAGUGUGUACAGUGUAAAGAGAUAUCAUCUUACAUUAAAUCAGAUCCUGCCAGUCGCGUUAUUUGAAUCAGAUAGCAGUGUGAGUUUGGAGUUGUGUCGGAGUUUGUCAGAAUGUUGGGUGGUUUAUUAUAUUCAGAUAAUAGUUCAGUGGAAGGAUUGAUCUUUGUUGAGGAGUGGAUUUGAUGAUUUAUUUGAGUUUAAAUUCACUAGAACAGAUAUUAUCCGUACAGCAGCCUGCUAGACAUCAAAUCCCAUACCUCGUAUAUUGUUUUGCUGGUGGAAUGGUAGAAUGCAGCUAUCCCAAAGUUUAUAAAAUAUAAUGUAUAAAUAUUUCCUGCUGGGAGACCAUUCUGCGAGUAUCAUUACGUAUACGUGUACAUGUAUACAUGUAUGUAUCAUGUAUACAUUACACGACGUGUGUUCAUUAUUGAACUGGAUUUAGGAUUUCUGGUUGAAAGUAUUGGGUACGGGAAUGUUUGAGAGCGGCGGUAUGUCACGUAGUCACGUUUUAUUGAUGUGAUCUACGUUUGUGAUGGAAGGUUCUAAGCCUUCGAGAUCACUAUAAAACGAAUUCCUUUUUAAUUUUUAACCUACCACCAAGUAUUUUUAUAACGCCGUACUAUUUCAUAAGCUUUCUUGCUAGCUUAUGUAGAAUACUUUCUUUUUAACGAUUUCGGGUUAUGUUCUUUUAGCUGUAAUCAGAUAUUUAUUAUUAGUCAUUUUAAUGUACGGGUUUAAUUUAAUCGUGUGGAGUGAUCCUAGCGACAUUUUUUCCUAAAUAGUCGUUAAAUGAUCCACGGAAAACGCGAAUAAUUUUUGUUUGGACUGUUUUAUUUGAUUGCUUGAAGGGUGAUAUCGCAAUAUUAUCUCAUGGUGAAUGCAACAUAAUUCACUGAAGUUCACUUUCCGAUUUCAAGCAUUUAAAGUUAUAACUCUGAACUUCGUGAUCAAAGUUACAGAUUACAAAUCACCGUAAAUUUGUUGGCAUUUUUAAAAUAGGCGGCUUUGAUUCACUUGCAGUGUCUUUUAAUUUCUUAUUCAAUUUUCUUUGAUUCUGGUCUUGAUCGAAUUUUAUUUUUAGGUAUUAUUUGUUAGUAAAAUUAACUAGAAACUGAUAGUAUUAGCUGAACCCAAAGAACUAAUUCCAAUUUUAUUCUAGGAUUGUGUGCUAUUAUUUAAUUAAGAUUAAGUUUCGAUCAUAUC